AUGGGCCAGAAAGGUCGAGGAAAGGGCAGUGGAUGGUGGGGAGCUUCGGCUUCAUGGGCUGCCUGGGAGUAUUCAGGAUGGGAGUCAUGGAAUUGGCAAGACAACAGGGAGAGCACCAGCAGCAAAGGAAAUGGCAGGAAGGGCCGCAUGGGCAAAAGCCAAAGCGAAGCCCCUGACAGCUCUAGAGGAGUGGCUGACUCAAGUGGCAAGGGCAAUGGUCUUCAGCAACUUCGGCAAGAGGAGGCCGAGACGGCGCACCGACAGGCACCGGGUGCUUCAGAAAGGAUAGAUAAGCAAGCCGCUGGUGACCAAGAAGAAACAUACCUUCGCGACCGGGAUUCUGGCAAACAGGAUGAACUGGGUGGCCCUCAGGAUGAUGAGCAACUCAACGAUGAGGCAGAGGAGGAGGAUGAGGAGGAACUGCCUUCCGAGCACGAUGUAGAGCCCAGCGCUGAGGAUGUGGAUGCCGAAGAGGAGGAGGAGGAGUUGCAGGAAGAUGGUGAAGAGGAGUUGCAGGAGGAAGAGGAGGAGGAAGGAGAAGAACAGGAACGCGAGGACGAGCAGGAAGAGGGAGAGGAAGAGGAGGAGGAGGAUGAGGAGGACGAGGAGGAGGAGCCGGAGGAGGAGGAGGAGGAGGAGGAAGAAGAAGACCCCGAGGAAGAGGAGGAAUUGGAGGAGACAGAAUUUGUAAACCCCCCCAAAGGGAAAGGAAAAGACAAAGGCAAAGGUAAAGAAUUGGGGAAAGGCAAGAAAGGCAAGACCUCUAAGGGAGCGCUCGAGGAAGACAGUGAUGAGCUUGAAGACGAGACCGGCGAUGAAGCAAUUCCCCUUGCCAAAGGCAGCAAGGGCAGCACGAAAGGCAAAGUGAAAGGCAAAGGCAAAGAUUCAGGAAAAGCAGCAGGUAAAAGUUUUAGCGAUGACGCCGUCGACAGCGAUGCAGAGGAGGAGCCUGAUGUCACAACCAAGGGCAAGGGAAAGCGAAAAGGCCAGAGAAAAGGGAAGCAGUGA